ACAUGGGAAAUGGGACACAAACGCCAAGGCUGAGCGCGCUGAUAGCAUUUCCAUCGUUGUUUUUCUCUACUUUAGUCACCACUCUGGAUAUAUCGUACAGCAGUGCGUUGUAAAAGCUCUAUACUAGGCAGGCUUUUUUCUGCGCUUACCCAUAAAAUCGCACACUUUCGGAUCAUCUUGAUGGGCCUGAUAUGAUCUCCAAUCUAUAUUUCUUCUUUCAGAAAUGCUGUUCUUUCAACAGUCAACCUGUCGUUUGGAACUGCUGGCCAGAUGUGGAUUGUUGCCCUGUGGGACAGAAGAGCUAAAUUUAAUCUCACGGAUGGUGAUGUAACUAUUCAGAUUCAUUUGGAUACAUUGGAUUUCCUGGAUCGCACCCAAUCGCAUCCGUCGAAGAAAGAAACAAACAUCUAUAUCACGCACACUGGGCUGGGAAUAACUCCAGACAAUGCUUCACUGUUCGAGCUGUGAAAAGCCUAUCCUUGAUAGGUUCCUGCUCAAAGUUUUGGACAGACCAUGGCACAUCAAAUGUGUCCAGUGCUGCGAAUGCAAAUGCGCAUUGACAGAGAAAUGUUUUUCACGAGAAGGGAGACUGUAUUGUAAGAAUGACUUCUUUAGGAGAUUUGGGACCAAGUGUGACGGUUGCGCCCAGGGAAUUUUACCCAGUGAUCUUGUCCGCAGAGCCAAGAGCAAAGUGUUUCACCUCAACUGUUUCACCUGUGUGAUGUGUAACAAACAGCUGUCCACUGGAGAGGAACUGUACAUCUUGGACGAAUUCAAGUUUGUCUGUAAAGAGGACUAUCUAAACAACAAUGGAAAAGACACAAUCCUCCUUUCAGUCACGACUUGCAGCGACCCAAGUCUGUCUCCAGACUCCCAGGACCCGCAGGACGACGGGAAGGACUCAGAAACGGGACAUUUAUCUGAUAAAGACGUGUGCAACGAUAAUGACGAGCAGAGUGCCGUCGGGAAACGACGCGGGCCUCGGACCACCAUAAAAGCCAAGCAGCUGGAGACCCUGAAAGCGGCUUUCGCGGCCACACCGAAACCCACCAGACAUAUAAGGGAGCAGCUGUCACGGGAGACCGGCCUCUCCAUGAGAGUCAUCCAGGUUUGGUUCCAAAACCGGAGGUCCAAAGAGAGACGCAUGAAGCAGCUGAGCGCUCUGAGCGGGCGGAGACACGUGUUUUUCCGCGGGCAGAGGAGGAUGAGAGCGCUGGGAGAGAGACUGGAACCAGAAGAGCUGGGACACUUCUCCUAUUAUGGAGAUUAUCCCGGUGAAUACUAUGGCUCAGGAGGGAAUUAUGAGUACUUCCAAGGCCCACCAUCAUCUCAGGCUCAGACUCCAGCAGACCUGGGUUUUAUGCCCUCUUCUGUCCCUGCUGGCACCCCAUUAGGAGUCAUAGACCACCACCAUCCAGUGCACCACUGUCCUGGAGAGUUGCAGUGUUUCUCUGACACAGUAUCUCAUCAUCCUGCGGAUUCACCCAGUCCAGAGCCCAAUAUACCGGGCUCAAUGCACAGCAUCUCCAGUGAGAUGUGUGGCCCUGGCAAACCUUUCACCACUGUGUCUCUCAGUGACAAUGGAUACACCAACCAGCUGUCACAACCCUCCUCAGAAAUGAGCGAAGGCACUGUCUGGUAAUCCAGCCGUCACCAAACUACAAGGCACACUUGGAUUUGGAACACAAAUCAAUGCUUUUUAUUGUUUGU